CCUAAAGUUAAUACCACUGUGGUUACUAUCGACUGCCAAUUUAGGGCUCUACAGACACCGGAUAUCUUCCGAAAAAUCUCUAAUUAAAUAUAAAAUUCAUGUUGUAAUUCUCCAAGGUAUCCAAAAAUUAAUCCAAACAAGUUGACUUUGUGGUUCCGCACAACUUACGCAACGCGCCGGCACCGAAUACGACUCGAAUCCAAUGAACGUGAACAUCGAUUGUCGGACCAAAACAUAGGCCCGUGUGUCCGAGUUCUCGCCCCAGAUAUACACAUAAUACAAAUAUAUAGACAUAGGACUCGGCUAUGCUACCCGCCAUCAUAUUCCGGCAAAUGCAGCGACCGCUGUGCGCCGGCGCCCUCCAUCAUGGCUCCACAACGCUGGAGCAUGUGCUGGGCGUUGGCGGCAGCAGUUUCGUCAACUGCCUAAAUCGGUAUGCGGCGGCGACUGGAUUUAUACGGAUCUCGUUUCUGGACAUCAAACAGCAUCGGAACUGGGAUGUGGCCAGGCUGCGUAUGUAUGCGGAUGCCAAGAAACAAUCGCUCCACAUGCGUACGCUUCAGGGACGGGAUCUCCUGCAAGGUGUCAUCGAUAAGAAGCGUGCCGGCUUCAUUGAGCGCAAAAACGUGCUCGUCGAUGACAUACGGGAGGCGAAGCACAAGGUACAGGAACGUGUGCGGGAAAAGAUUGUGGAGAUACGCGAGGAGCGCGAAAAUAUUAUGACCAUACCCAAUAUGCUGACCAUAAGUCGUGCCAUACUCUCACCCUAUAUUGGAUAUGUUAUAGUCCAAGGCGACUUUGGCCUAGGCAUGAAUCUGCUCAUUGUGGCGGGCAUCACAGAUCUGCUUGAUGGUCAGAUUGCACGCCGCUGGCCCUCGCAAGCCAGCAAGGCUGGCUCCUUUCUCGAUCCGAUGGCCGACAAGCUGUUGAUGGGCUCCCUUGUCGUCUCACUCUGCUACAGCGAAUUGCUGCCCAUGUGGCUGACGGGCAUUGUUGUCUUCCGUGAUGUUUUCCUUAUUGGUGCUGGCUUUGUUAUACGCUACAUAAGCCUGCCACCGCCGAAAACCCUUUCGCGUUAUUUUGACGCCACCCAUGUCACGGCUCAGUUGGAGCCCACAUUCAUAAGUAAAGUCAAUACUGGCGUGCAGCUGGCCACCAUUGGCAUCAGUCUGGGGGCACCCAUUUGGAACUAUAUAGAUCAUCCGGCGCUACAUGGUCUCUGGUACCUGACGGGAGUAACCACUGUUGCUGCAGCCCUCAGCUAUGUCAUCAAUCGACGCAAUACUUUUAAGAUCAUUCAUAAGCCAAAAAAAAUGACGUAGAGUUGGCAUUUCUUUUAACAAAAAGCUGCAAAUAAUAAUAGUAGACUCUAAGAAACUCGUAGAACACCAACUGCAACUAUAAGUAUAUAAACUGUUUUGUACAUGCGUAUAAAUUAAAAAAUUAUGUAUAUUUUGUUUAAAAGCAA